AUGCCCGAAGGUGUAGCCGUCGACGAACGCAAAGGAACGUUGCCAAAAUCACUGUCCGACACAGAGAAUUUCGCUGAAGUUGAUGAUGCUCGAAGAAACUGCUGUUUAGGUCAUUUUUGCGUCGAGAAGAGCUUCAUCGGAGUGCGCAUGAAUACACUAACUUACCUAGCCGAAAUCGUGUACGGAGCCUUCAUUCACCUGCUGGAGGUCGUUGCACCUCAGCUGCAGAAAUCGCAAUCGGCACGAGGGAUCUUUAUCGAAGAUAUAUGCGCUACAGAAGGGAAGGCAGGGGAUAGGUUAUGGUUGAUACUUGCCAAUCCUAUAGAGGGCAGCCUCUCUUUAUCGUUCGUUUUGGAAGAGGAAGAAGUGCCUGCCGAUGAUGUUGCCCAGAGAGGCACGCUUUUCACUUUUACCGUCCCACAACUUCGCUUCUCACAUGACACAAAUCUGCAGCUGUGCCUCAAAGGACAGUCCAUGCAUAUCAGUAUUCCAUUCACCUACCGAGCCAAAGAAAAUUUGGGUCCGCAGUCUCAAUUUGAAAGUUUGGUCGACUUUGCGGCAAAUGGAGAAAUUUCAUCCUUAAUACUGCCCUUUUCGACGUACAUUGGCGAGAAGGACAGCGAAGGCAACACGGUUUUGCAUAUAUCAGCAAAGAACUCACAAAGUUUUGCUUUAAAACUGCUGCUCUCAGCGAUUCCGCAGGAGAAGAAAGAGGAAAUCGUGAAUAUUCGUAAUGAUCGAGGGCAGACAGCUCUUCACAAUGCCGUCCGAGCAGGCGAUCCAGACAGUGUUCACUACCUGCUCAGCCAAGGGGCGGCCACAAACAUUCUCGAUAAUCACAAAAACACGGUUGUGCACUACCUUGCAGAUGCUUACAAUGAGGCGAUUUUCAAGGAAAUUUUGGAGGCCCCAGCUUCUAGUGAAAGCGAUUUUGACGCUUUGAAUGAAGAAGGAUUUUCGCCUCUUCAUUUGGCGGUUAGGAGGCUGAAGUUGAGUCUCAUUGAAAUGCUACUGGAAUGUGGUGCGUCUAUCAACUGCGCUGAUCACGGAUCCCGCAAUGCUCUUCUACACGCAGUAAAUAUGAAUGACGUCGAAAUCGUUCAAUUUCUCUUAAGCAAAGGAGCCGAUCCGAACGUUGAAGACGAGAAUGGCGAAACUCCUCUCCUUCUGUGUGCAAAGACUGCAAAUUACGCUAUAAUGGGUCUUCUCAUUGACGCCAAAGCCGAUCCGCAAAAAAAGAAUAAAAAUGAAACCUCAUUAGCAGAUAGCGAUGAUGAGAUGAUAAAGAAGGUCAUUGCGGGAGAGAGAGUGGAACUGCCAACGAAAGAACCGCCACCUUUCUCUCCUUCGGAUCUGACCACAACUCGUUCUCCACUGUUCGGCAGAUCAGUGCCCAACCUUAACGUAAAUCAAGAUGCCGGCCCUACACGACUUGCUCCUUCUCGUCGUGUCGAUCAACAAUCGCAUCAAGAAAGGGAAGAGGAUUACGAACGUGAGACGAAUUACACAUCACAAUCAAACAAUGGCGCAACGGAGUCCGACAGUGAAUACAUAGAUGAUCAACCGUCAACGAGUAGUGGAAGCCGACCAAAAAGGAGUAGCAGAUUCAACAAACGUUCUAGCACUUCAGCCUUAGAAGAUGAUAUCUCUUGUCUGGAUUAUCUCACUCGACUUCGGCUCUCCAAACUUAUGGACGAAAACUCAAAAUGGCAGCAGUUGGCAACAGAGCUUGGCUGCUCUCACAUGAUUGAGCUGAUUUCAAUUUGUUCGGAUGAUAGCAGCCCAACUAUGAUAUUCUUAGAUCAGUUUGAGCAAAUGCCCGAAGCGAAGAUCUCACGGGUCCGUUCCGCUCUUAGCGCGCUGCGAGGUGAGAAGGCUCAGGAAAGUGGUGAAGAGUAA